CUUCGCCUCCACCCCGGCCAGGGACGCGUCCGAACGAAGACGGUGAAGAAGGCCGCCCGGGUGAUCAUCGAGAAGUACUACACCCGCCUGGGGAAUGAUUUCCACACCAACAAGCGGGUGUGCGAGGAGAUCGCCAUCAUCCCCAGCAAGAAGCUGCGCAACAAGAUCGCGGGGUAA